CUGUUGUUGCCACCACUGUUGUUGCCACCACUGUUGUUGCCACCACUGUUGUUGUUGCUGUUGUUGUUGGCAGUGGUAUCGUUGACAUUGGACACAGACACAGAGGCAUUCUCAUUCGAAGUAUUGUCGGGGCUCUUGUUCUUCUUGAGGGUCUUGGCUGCUUUGGGAUCCUUCCUUCUGUUGCCAUCGUUGUUGGUGUUGGUGGUUGAGUCGAUAUUGACAACAGCAGCAGUAACGUUCCCGCUCCCGUCCUUGACAAGGUCCUUAUCCUUUUUGUGGGUCUUAAUGUCCUUUGCAUCCUUCUUCCGAUUGGAAUUGUUAUUGGAAGUCCUGGUCUGAUCUUUGCCCUUGUCAUUGUUGCUGUCCUUUUCCUUGCUCAUGUUAUUGUCCUGGUUACUGUCGUUGUCUUGGCGGUCCUUAUCCUUGAUCCUGUUCUUGUUGAAAGGUUUCCUCUGGGCUCUCUUCUUGUUCGGAAUUGUGGGUGCGGUCUGGGCCGAGGCAGCAGAGAUAGAGGGGACGCCUGUAGGGGAAGAGGCAGGCACUGGUGCGGGUGCGGGCGCGGGUGCGGACAUCGCGGGAGGGAGUGUGGAGGCCAUGGUAGUUGUGUCUGGGAUGGGAGACUACCGAAUCACUGGCCUUUUUGAAUGAGGGGGAGGAGUGGCGGUUCGACUGGUAUACUCUUCCUGAUGAUUGGAUGGAGAUUGGGGUUGGCUGGGAGGGAUGGGGGGUCGGAUGCGGCGAUGGAGUUGGGUGCUCAGGCGGAGGGUAGGGAAGAGGGACGGGAGUGAGACCAGGAAGAAGGAAGAGAAGAGGAGGGGGGAGGAACUGCGAGAGAGAGAGUAUUUUAUCGACUGCGGUCCAAUUGUCUUCAAGGGCCUCUCCUGCGGAAUGUGAUUGGUG